AUGUCGUUCUUAACGCAGUGUCUGGCAGGGACUCUCGAUGGAGACCCAAAUAUUCGUAUCCAGGCUGAGCUUAAGCUUUCUGAACUGUUUACACAGAAUCAAUUUUCAUUUGAGACAGAUAAGCCUUCAAUGACUGUCUCUACCUCACUUGAUUCUGAAGCGCGCGUCCUUCACUCCGCAGCCGCCGCGGUGGGUAAGUACGUGAAUGAGCGGUGGUCACCGAUCUUCAACGCAUGGAAAGGAACCUCUGCGCCUCCCGAAGCAAGUGUACAAGUGAGAUCGACAUUGUUUCGCGGCCUUUCCGAUCCAGCACGCGGGAUCCGAUCUGUCAUUGCUUCGGUGAUUUCAAAAAUAGCUCAUAGUGACUGGCCAGAUCAUUACUCGACAUUGUUGAACGAUCUCAUUGGCUUGCUCCAGUCUGGUUCCACUGAUGCCAUUCACGGAGCACUCCAAGUAUUUUCGGAUCUCUCAAAGGACGAGCUGACUGAGGAACAACUCAUUCCCGUCCUCCGAGAGCUAGUGCCUAUCCUUAUUACUGUUGUGGGUCAGGCUGAGCACACCAACUUUACCCGGGCGCGUGCAAUAUCCACAUUUAAGCAAUCCAUUGUAUCACUGAUCAUGGUGAAGGAUCAAUACCCAGAUGCAAUCGCUGAAGCAUCUUCGGGUGUCCUGCCACAGUGGCUUGAGACUUUCGGAGCCCUUUUGGAGGCGGAUCCUCUUGCAGAGCUCCGCGGCUCUCCGGACUGGUCCCCACUUGCCGUCCGCCUUCAGAUAUUCCGGACGUUAGUUGCGAUUGCCAUCUCCCUUCCCAAAAUAUUGGCACCUGUGUACCCGAAUUUCGUUGCGAUCAGCAUCAGCCAUCUAGAAGCUUUGCUUCCGGUAUUUCAACGGUACUAUGUGGCUCACGAUAACGAAACACCACCUCCCACAACCCCAGCGGAUGAUCCAGACCAAAUGGUCGCCCUCCCCGUGCUCGCAUCCUCCAUAUUUGAGUUUCUGGGUCUUGCGGCUCGCUCACGAGUCCUGCAGUCUUAUUUUCUUGACCGGGAUGAGGCUCACCUAGAGCGGUGCGUGAGAUUGGUGCCUCUAUGGGCUCAAAUGACAGAAGACGACCGACAAACUUGGUCAUCCGAUAGCAACGCUUUUAUAGCGGAACAAGAUGACGAUGCUCCGUUGAUGACGUUGAGAACAGCAACGAUCGAUUUCCUCCAGGUAAACCUACUCGAUGCAUUCUCCACGUCUACUGUGCGCAAGUUGCAAGAAACGACGGCCGGAAUUGUCGAACAGUCCAGCCAGGCCCGCCAAGAAGGCAACGCGGACUGGUGGAAACCCCUCGAAGCUGCGUUAGCAGUGUUAGGCGCAGAAUCCGACGCCUUGUCUGAUAUCGUCCAGGCCGAAGCCGACGAAGGACGGCCAAAACCAUUCGACACCGACACUUUGCUCGGCAGUGUGAUACCUUCGCUUCUUGGAAUUCAUGACUGUCCAUUUUUGCAGGGGCGUGCGUUUGUUUUCGCUGGAAAUUUUGCUACCUUCUUGUCGCCGGAACUUACUGGGCAGUAUCUCAAUGCUGCUGUGGGAGUCAUAGAGUUGCCUCACGCAGGUAUCCCCGUGAAGGUCUCCACAGUCAAGGCAAUCCAGAGACUCACACGCUCCGCCAAAUCCCCCCUGGCAAAAUCUUAUGCACCUAGGAUUCUUGCGACACUCGCACCCUUCCUCUCUACUGCUGCUGAUGAGACCCUCUCCCUAAUACUUGACACCUUGACGAUAGUUGUUCAAAUUGACCUUGGAUCGUGGCUGAAUCCAGACGUUGUGUCUUCACUAACAGCCGCUCUCGUAGAUGUUUGGAAACGGAACUAUGAAGGCAAGUUACAAAGCCGCUCCGAGUUGCAUGCCGAGCCGCUCAACCCUAUCCUGCUCUCUGAAAUUGCUGAGAUGGUCAAAGCACUUGCUGCCUCGCCAUCUCCCGAUGCAUUUAGCUCUGUGGUCAACAGGCUGCUCCCAGCCAUUGUAGGCGCGCUGGACCAGGCCGCACUGAAGCCGCAAGAAUCAUGGAUAGCAAGUUCAGCCUUGGAGUUGACAGCAGGUAUCUUAGAGGCUGCGGAUAAGGGAAAGCUCGGCGAUGGCUUCGUUGCGGGAUUAGCGCCUUCCCUGUUCAACUCUUUGUCGAUGGCAACAGAUAGGGAUGUUAUUCUUAAUGGCUGCGAAUGUGUGACACUAAUUGUUCGGAAAGGCUCAGAUCAAUUGAUUUCUUGGAGGAAUCCAUCCGGUCAAUCAGGUAUCCAAGUUGUGCUUGCUCUCGUCUCGAAAAUGGUAUCCCCUUCAGAAAAUGAAGCAGCUGGCUUGCUGGUGGGAGAUUUGAUUGUCCAUUUGAUUCGCAACUGUGGAGAAGCAAUAUUCCCAGUCCUCCCUGAGCUGCUUCAGACGCUGGCAAAUCGAAUACCCACUGCCGAAACGACAACUUUCAUUCAGAGUUUGAUCGUUCCCUUCGCCUUUUUGAUCCAUUCACACAGAGAUACCGUGCUGUCCCUCCUAGAAUCCAUGACGGUCUCGACAGGCCCGUCAACUUCAGAGAAUGGGCUCAACAUAUUAAUUAAAACAUGGUGCGAAUACGCUGAGUCUUUUAUUGGUUUUUGGCCCUGCAGAAUUAGUAUUGUGGCACUAUGUGAUCUUUUCCUGGCGCCAAAUCUCCGGUUGAAGGAAAUCGAUGUUAAAGGUGACAUUAUCAUUCGCCCGGAGACAAGGGACGUUGUGAUGACUCGAUCGCGGGCCAAACAAAUACCCACUGAAUAUGAGCGAACUAAGUUUCCGGUCAAGGCACUCAAACUUAUUCUUCAUGAAUUGCAAGCGACCGAAACACUCACGAAAGAAGAGACGAAGCCAGAUAAUGUGGAAUCCGAUGAUGGGGAUGAUGAAUGGGCCGAUGAUGAGAUAUUCGAAGGCAUAAAAGAUGAAGAACUUGUUUUUUUGUCAGAUGUUCUCGACGAGGUAGAGAAGCCUGAGUCUGCUGAAGAUGACGAGGAUUUGAAAGACGACCCCGUCUCUCAACUUGAUAUGAGGGCCUAUCUCCUAUCAUUCAUCCAACAAUGUGCUUCGGCAGAUCCAAAUACUUUCGCUCUGAUUGCUAGACAGCUCACAGAAAACGAAGCGAAUGUUGUUCAACGCAUCAUCAUAGGUUGA